CUUUGCAGAGCCACCCUGGGGUCGGGACGCCCUGCUGCCCGCAGCCCCGCGGAGAGAAAAGCCCCCCAUGUCUCUCGGAAAGGAGCAAGACGAGGUCCCGCAAAGCUCGUCCGGGCCUACCCUGUUUGUGAGAUGGGUACUAGGAUUCCCUAAGCAGAAAGUCCAGUUUAUGAACGACAAAACCAUUUGCUAUCCUUGUGGAGACUUCAUAGUGUUUCUUAAUAUUGAGUCCAAGAAAAAGAUUAUACUCCAAUGUAUGAAUGGAGUUGUGGGAGUCAUGGCAACGAACAUUCCUUAUCGUGUUGUGGCUUUUUCUGACCGGAAGCUCAGGCCCCUCAUCUACAUAUACAGCUUUCCAGAAUUGGCCAGACAGGUGAAAUUAAAAGGAAAUGUUCUUCUGGACUACACAAUACUUUCAUUCAGUUACUGUGGCAACUACCUGGCAAGUUAUUCCUCUCUCCCAGAAUUUGAAUUGGCCAUCUGGGACUGGAAAACGGGUGUCAUUCUGUGCAAGAAGACACAGCCUGGCACAGAUGUAAACCAGAUAACAUUCAACCCCAUGAACUCUCGCCAACUAUGCUUGUCAAGCACCAGUGCAGUGACUUUGUGGACCAUUGAACGCUGUAAUCAAGAACACUUUUUAAAAUCAAAGCUAGUAAAACUGCCUUUGGAAGAUGGGACAUAUGUCAAUGAAUUAGACAAUGUUUUUCCACAGUCAUUGCCCAAGGACCCAAUCUAUGGGCCAGUCCUCCCGCUCUCAGCUAUUGCUGGGCUUGUGGACAAAGAAGCAGAAAAAUUCAAGCCUAGAGAUGAUUUGUCUGCUGUUAUUCACCCUACUGUACAUUGCUGGACUCCAACAAAUGACCUCUAUAUUGGCUGUGAAGAGGGUCUUAUUUUAAUGUUCAAUGGAGAAAGUUCACAAGUGACAAAACUUAACAUAAUAGAAGAUCAGUGUCCCUUGGAGGACAGAACUCUGAUGGCUCCAAUGACAAUGGUGUAUCAGAAAGGAGGCAUGCUUACUUCUGGACUUGAUGGCUUCAUAUAUUCUUGUACUAUUAAGGAUUUUAAUUGCACUGUAAAAGAUUUUCUUGAGAUUGAAGAGGCUUUGCAAUAUAUGACAUUUUCUCCCAAUUACCAAACGCUGUUGUUACAAACAAGUAAGGGAUGUAUUUACACCUACACUUUGGGUACUAAUCAAGACCUUAAUAAAAUCAUAGACUCUUGCAACGAUAAAUUUCACUCAGUUGACUUUAUCACAUCUGGAAAUGAAUUCUUUCUGACCCUCUCAUCUUUAGGGGAAGUUUGUGUUUGGAAUCUAGAGGAUGCUUCCUAUGUCAGUAGGAUUUGCCUGAAUACCCCAACAAAAGUCCUGGUUUGCUCACCCUCCUCUCUCUCAGCGGCUGUAGGGACAGCAACUGGCUCUGUCCAGUUUCUUGACCUCCGUAAAGUCUACUCCCUUCAAGUCAUUCACAAGGUAUUUCUCUCCAGAGCAUCCGUGGACCACCUCCUUUAUGAUCAACAAGGAACAUACCUAUUAGCUGGAACAUCAGAAGGCCACAUCUUUGUUAUCAAUGCAAAACCUUCCAGCUUCUUUAAGGUCCUUGGAUUUAUAGAGGUGACGGAAAACAUUUUACAAAUAUCCACAGUGGCUCUCUUGGAAACAGACAUAGUAGAAGUGAUGGUCAUGUCCUUGCUUCCAAACAAAAGAACCAGGGUGGAAACAUUUAUUUUGCCCAGAAUAUUACCACAAGUUUCUGCAGGCCUUGUUGAUGAAAGAGGGAAGAUGAGCAAAGAGCUAAUUCAUCCCUUCCUAUAUGAGAUUGACCACGUCCUGUGCUCUGCAGUGUUGGACUUCAAAAGUCACCGACUCUAUGGCUUCUGCGCAGACGUGCCAUAUAUCUGCAGCUAUGAGCUUCCAGAAAUAGAGCACACUGGCAUUCUUAUCCUGAAGCCAUACCAAAAAAAACCAAGCCAACAUUAUGGAUCUGGCGUACUGUCUCUGUCUCCACAUGGAUUGUGGCUCUUAUCAGUCGCUAAAUGUGGAGUUCUGUGUAUCCGAGAUAUUCAGACUUUGGAAACAUUUGCUCGGUAUCGGAGUCAUUCUCACCAGUCUCGUGGAAUUCAAUCAGUGAAAAUGUCUUUAGAUGGACAGUAUAUUCUGGUUAAUGGGAUGAAUGAUGGCACUCUGGUUUGCCUAAGAUGGAGGCGAUUAGGAGGAAGCUUAAGCAGUGACGUUAUGGACUAUUAUGGACGUCAUUUAAAAUUUCUGGAGACGAGCAUGGAAGAAGAGAAUGAUUGUUUAGAUAUGUCACAAGAAGAGAGGUCUGAUUCCCUGGAAGCAUUACCUAGGAACCUAUCAAGCACAGAGUCAUCACAAGAUGAGGAGCCACUCCAGUUUCGUGAAGUGGAGGAACUUCCUUGGUUAGAACAAAAACGGCAGGAGGCCAUCCAGCGGGAGGUGAAAGUCUUUUCUAGUAAAAGAAAAGAGAUCAAAAAAAGAAUCAAAGUUUUGGCUCAAACCGUUCAAAAUAUGAUGGAAGAGAAUGAUACAAUGGAAAGUAUUUCAAAAUUAGAGCAACAGGAAUUUGCCUUAGAUCUUGAGCAACUUGAGAGACUUCACCAGCAGAGUGGGGAGGAAGUGUUAAAGGUACGAAAGGAUGUAGAGAUGCGUAAUCUCUCCAAGAAAUAUUUGGCAGGACUUAUCAAAGAGGAGUGCUGGAAUUCGAUGGCUGUGAAAGGUCGCUCACUUAAGUGUUUUCAUGGUCCCUGCGUGGUCGAGAAUUUUCCAAUGAAAGCACGCACACAAGAAGAACUGACUGAAUUAAAGAGAGUUAUACAGCAAAAGAAGACCGAAAAUGAAUGCCUUAAGGUACGGAAAGAAAUUAUAGAAGCCCAGAGUUCAGUUAUCUUGGUAAAAAAGCAUCAUGAAGAGGAGGAUGAAGAAGAAGAUGAAGAAAAAUUUAAAAAAAGAGAUCAGAACUUGCCCAAUUAUCUACUUGGCAGUAUGUGUACUGAUUUUGGAGUAGAUGUCUCUCUGCUAUCAAGUCAGUUGGAACUUCAUGGCAGAGAGGAAAAAAUUAGUCAAAUAAUCUUACUAAAGGAUAUCAUUUACAAUGUAAAAUCUGCUUUCAACAAAGAGUUUAAUGCUGCAUUUACACAAAAGGAGCUUGAAAUUAUACGAGUGAAGGAAAGAAAUGUAAGGAUUCAAGAAAUUAUUCUUGAUCUGGAACUGGAUGAAGCAGUCUGGACACCCACUUUUGAUGAUACUGAGAAGCCAGAGAGAAUCCUUGUUGUGGACAGUAGUGAGAUCUCAGCGCAAAAGCACAUUAGCCCAUGGCAACGAGCCAGAGCAGAAUUGUCUGCAGUCCAUGAAGCAGAGCUACUGCUUCAGAAUACGACCAGACGCCAAGCACUCAUGGACAUGAUGGGAGGUGUCCUGGAGAUGAAGAAGGAGGACAUUCUGCGAAUGGUGAUUCCGCAACCUGAUUUUAUGGUGAAACCUGAUGUUUUAUGGUCUGAAGAGGAAAGAAAACAAUUCAAAGACUAUGAGAAAAAAGUCAAGGAGUUAAAUGAAGAAAGAGAUAAGUACAGAAAGUCUCUAGAAGCAGAACUGAAGAAACUUCAGAACUCUAUUCAAGAAAGCACACAGAAUUUUGAUGAAAGUUUGAAAAGGCUCUUUGAUAGGAGAGUGAAAGCAGAGAUGGUUGUCAACCAGGAGGAAUUGAAAAUAAAUAACCUACUUUUUUCCUUAAUGCUGAAUGAAGAAAUGUACUCCAGAGAAGAAUAUUUAAAUAAUUAUCUUUUAAGGAAGCAAGAGGAGAAAAGCCAGACUUCAGAGGCUGUCCUGAAAGCUAAAGAAGAACUUGAUGUGUACAAGGAGCAAUAUGACAACUUAGUGGCAGAAGACAAAGUUCUGGACCGCAGCUUUAAAAAGGAAUUUUCUGACGUUUCCAGUCAUCAUGUGGAAAUACUCUACAAACUUUUUAAACGAAGACCAAGGAUUCACAAACUGAAACCACAGCAAGAAAUAAUUACUAAUAAUCCUUUUGACGAUCGAUCAGGAACUGGAAAAUCGACUCAGGAUACCUUUGCUUUAUUAAUGAAAGCUAUGGAUGAGUUGGACAAUUUUAAUAAUAUGCCAGAAGGUUUGGAACCCAUGGUCUGGUCACAUUUCUGUGUCAUCAGACGAGCAAAAGUGGAAAAUGAACAGAAAGUAAAGCAAAAAGCAGCUGGCUUAGUGGAAAUAACAGCUUUCCUCCGGAAGAGAACUGAAGAAGAUGAGAAGGUGCAACAGGAAAUUGAAAAAGUCUACCAUGAACUCAUCCUAUUGCAAGAAGAAAAGGUAAAACACCAGUUGAAUUUGACGAUCCAAAUUCUCCUUAAGCAAGGGCAAGUAGAACUGGAGAAUUUUCAAUUUCUUAUGGAAUAUUCUGAUGCAAUUCUCAUCAACAAGCAUAUAAUUGAAGACUUGAAUUCUGUGAUUCGGACACAAGGACAGAAGAAAGUUGCUAGCAUGAUGGAAAGUAAAGACUUUCACAAAGGAAUAUUUCAGAUUGAGUGGGAACACAAGAAAAUGGAGAUGGAAAUAAAAGAUCUAAAUCAGAAGGCUUGGGAUAUUCAGAUGCUAUUUUUUUCAAGAGAGCGUCAAAGAUACCUAAAUGAACCAAACUAUGAGUCACUGAUUGCCUAUCAGAUUGGAAUAAUGGAGCAAACCAUUAAUGCCUUAGAUAAGACCCACAAAAAGAAUGUGGAGAAUUGCAAAAAAAUUCUUAAGAAACUGGGAAAUUUCAGCAAUCAAAAAGACAUAGCAAAUUAUCAACUAAGCUGCAAUUUACGAGAAGAGUUGGUGGCUGUUUCAGAGAGAAAAGACAUCUGUAAUGCAAUGGGGGCUACUCUGACAUUUGAAAAGAUUGCAAAAGAGCGGUAUGAAAACAUGAUUCUACAACAAAAGUUAACACAUAUUUCAAAAGAACAGGCUGAACAGAUUUCAGUACUACAAGCUGAAGUUGAAAGAUUAAGACUGAGAACAUUUCCUGCACUUUUGCAAAUGUAA